CACGCGGUAAGCUUUCCGUCAUUCCGUGUGAAUUUUUUUUGGUUAAACUGAAAGUGGUGUUUUUUUAAGUGAGUAGCCGUAUCCCAACCGUAUCUGAAUAUGUAUUGUCUUUAAAUAAAUACUGAUAAUAAUUUUGAUACGCCGGAAUAUGUCUCCUGGUGCAUUCGACACGGAUUAUUGGGUUUUUUCUUUUUGCACGACUCGGUGCUUUUGGUGUUUGAUAACCGAACGUCUUUUGGGUGCAUUUGAAUGCUCAAUAUAAAUACCGAGGUAUUGGGAUGGUGUUUGGUUUCACCAAAGAAAUUUUAUCACUUAAUCACUGCAUUAAGUGCUGUUUGCUUAGAAAGGCCUCUGCCCUUCGGAGGACUGCCUUGACGUCAAACGUUUGUGAAUAUGUCUGCAAUUUUCAACUUCGAGGGUCUCAGGUGUCAUAUAUUUACUGCAUACAGUUCAGUCGCGCUCUGCAAAAUUCUUCCACUUGUAACCCCUGCGAAAGAUUACCUUGGGAAGGUUCCUCUCAUGAAAUUCUGUUGACGAAGCUUGAAAGUUCUUUGAAUAAUCAUCAAGUUCAAGAGGCAUGGGAAUACUUUCAUGAUUUUAAAAGCCUUUAUGGCUUUCCUGCGGGUUUUCUAGUGAAUCAGCUGGUUGUUCAAUUAUCUUACACAUCUAAUCAUGUGUGGUUACGAAAAGCAUGUGUCCUGGCCUUGCAAAUUGUCAAAGAGAAGUCAAACUUCCUUCAGUCUGAUACCUUAACUAAACUUUCUCUCUCUCUAGCAAGGCUGCAAAUGCCAGUCCCUGCCUCAAUGAUUCUGAGGGUGAUGCUGGAGUCCAAGUGUGUACCCCCUAUGAAUUUAUUGUCAUUGAUUUUUUUGCAUAUGGUCAAGACAGAAAUUGGAGCACACAUCGCAUCCAAUUAUCUGGUUCAAGUUUCUGGUUGUUUUAAAUCCUUAAAUGAGAAAAAAGUUCACGAGGCAGUGCUGGUCAAACCGACUACAGUGAUCUUUAACCUUGUGCUUGAUGCUUGUGUGAGAUUCAAAUUAUCAUUGAAAGGUCAAUGCAUCAUGGAUUUAAUGCCAGUGACUGGCACAGUGGCCAAUGCACACUCAAUUGUCAUUAUCUCACAGAUACUAGAGAUGAAUGGUUUGAGAGAUGAAAUGAAGGAAUUAGGGAGCCAUAUUGAUGGAGUAUCAACUCCUUACCUUCCUCAUUAUCGUCCUUUCUAUGAUAGCUUGCUGAACUUGCACUUCAAAUUUAAUGACAUUGAUGCUGCUGCUGAGCUUGUUUUGGGUAUGAAUAAACAACAUGGUUGUGGUGUUAAUAAGGAGGAUAGGAAACACGUGCAAAAGCCUUUCCUUGUUGCAAUUGGAUCUCAUCACCUCAAGAAUGGAUUGAAGAUACAGUUUGAUUCUGAGCUGCUGCAGAAGGAUACUGUCCUUAAAGUGGAAGGCAGACAACAUCUUAUCUUUUAUAGGGAAGGAAAACUUGUCCUUAGUAACAGGGCUCUUGCCAAGUUCAUUAGUCGGUACAAGAAAGAUGGGAGGAUUAGUGAACUGACAAAACUUUUGUUGAGCAUUCAAGUAAAUAUGUGUUCAUUAGCAGGAUCUAGCUUAUGUUCUGAUGUGAUUGGUGCUUGCAUUCAGUUCGGCUGGCUUGAAUCUGCCCAUGAUAUUAUGGAUGACAUGGAAGCCUAUGGGUGUAGAAUGGGCUUAGAUGCAUACAUGUAUCUUCUGUCAGCAUAUUACAAAAGAAAAAUGCAUAGAGAAGCAAAGGCUCUAAUAAAACAAAUGAAAAGGGCAGGUUUUGAUGAAAACUUAUCUGAUGACACUAUUAACAAACUUGUUCUCGACACAGAAGCAUCAUAUUCAUUUGUUUUGUCAGAUUUAGCAGUCACUUUGGGUGAAGUAUUGAAAGAUGAAGAGAUGUUUUCCCCUACAGUGUAUGAGCUUAAUUCUUGUAUCUACUUUUUUAGCAGGGCAAGAAUGAUUGAAGAUGUGUUGAAGGCAUAUAGAAGAUUAAAAGAAAAAAAUAUUCAGCCCACAGUCCAAACAUUUGCUUAUAUGUUAUAUGGAUAUUCAUCCCUGGGUAUGUACCGUGAAAUCACAAUUUUAUGGGGAGACAUUAAGAGAUUCAUGAGUAACGGCAGUUUAAAGCCAAAUAGAGAUCUGUAUGAGUUACUACUGCUAAAUUUCAUUCAAGGUGGUUAUUUUGAGAGAGUGAUGGAGGUCAUUGGACAUAUGAGAGACCAAAACAUGUACACUGAUAAGUGGAUGUACAAAAGUAAUUUCCUAAGAAUUCAUAGGAAUCUUUAUAGGAGUUUAAAAGCAUCGGAUGCUAAAACAGAAGCACAAAGCAAAAGAUUUGAGUAUGUUCAGGCUUUUAGGAAGUGGGUGGGUAUUGAUUAAACAUCUCGAGUAAUGUUUAUGAAUUGAUGCAUCCGCAUAAUUUCCUGCUAACCCUUGGUGUCUUAUCACAGUCAAUGUUAUUUACUGAGGCAUAUUUGUGAUCUAUCAGUGUUAGUUCUGUUUCAACUCCAGUGUUCUUGGAAAAUGGGAGUGAAGUAUAUGAGAACGAGUUUCUCCAAUACUGAUGGUGUAACAUCUCAAUACAAUGUAAAUGGAUUUGAAUGAUUUUCAGAUUCUGAUAAAUAGUGGAAUCGAUUCACUGAUGUCAUGCUAUCCUUUGGUGAAAUAUGGCACGCUGCUGUCUUCUGUUAUGAAAGGAUGUAGCAGUAAUCCGUUCUCACUAUUUGCCACGGAAUUGUAGGAUAUCUGGCAAAUACACCUUUUCCAUUCACUCAUUUAAGCUUGAUGAUGCCUAAACAGCUCCUCUUUAUGUCCCACAAGAAAAUUUUAUUUGACUGUAAAUUGAACGGAUCUAUAAGUGUGGCUUUUAUUUUGUAGUAGAAUAACUGUCCCAUAUUCUAUAUGUAUUGGAUAUUGCUGUCGAGCUCAUCUAAGCUACACAAUUUGGGCACUAUGCCUUCCAAAAGUAAUUUGAACAUUGUAUGGCUUUCCACGUUCAUGCGUCUGGUUUGGGAGAUUAAUUAAUAAUAAUUUCUCUCUCUCUCUUUGUCUUUA